UGAUUUAUUUCAUCUAACGAAUAUUUAUUCCUGGGCUGUAGAUAAUAUUUCUCUGAACGGCUGCUACAUGUAGGAGAGAGAGAGAUAGAGUUCGCAAAUGAGCGAGUGCUAACCUUUAUCCGUUUGAAAUCAUAAAUUUACGACAAUAAUGACGUUUAUUCUGCGAUAUUUAAUAAUGAGAAGUGCCAGGAGAGCAGAGUCUGUUGGAACGAGACAUUUGAGGAGUGAGACAGUUCGUCAAUUGCAAACAACGAAAUGGGUUCUUCAUGGAGAAUAUGAAUUCCAGGAUCCAAAAUCAGAGGAAGAAAUAGUCAACGUAACAUUCAUCGACAAAGACGAAAAAAGAAUAAGCGUACGUGGAAAAGUUGGCGAUAACGCCUUAUAUCUAGCUCAUAGGUACGGAAUUCCCAUGGAAGGUGCGUGCGAGGCAUCCCUAGCGUGUACAACAUGUCACGUCUACGUUCACCACGAUUAUACCGACAAACUUCCAAUGGCAACUGAUCAGGAAGAAGAUCUGUUGGAUCUGGCACCUUUUCUCAAGGAGAAUUCUAGAUUAGGUUGCCAAAUAAUUCUAACGAAAGAGUUGGAUGGGAUUGAAUUGGAAUUACCAAAAGCCACGAGAAACUUUUACGUCGACGGGCACAAACCGACACCUCAUUGAAAUAUGAGAUUAUGUCAUGUACUAUAAAUAUUAAUGAGGAAAUCUAGAGCUUUUACCGGAGAAGAACAGAGACCAAUGGAGUUGCCAAGAUUUUUCCAUCAAAUUUUGGUUUCUGGCUGAAUCAAAACCCUGUACAGACUACCGUAAUUCCUACUUAUUAAUAAUAAAUUAAGAAUAAAAAUGAUAAUUACCGUUGAA